AUGGCAGGAUCCAAUCUACCUCACGAUCCCAAAAAAGCUCUCGAGUUUAAGAACAAGGGAAAUGAUCAUUUUCAAAACAAAAACUAUGAGGCUGCUGAACAAUUUUAUAGUAAAGCCAUCGCCCUCGACCCUCUCAAUCCUAUCCUCCACACGAACCAGUCCAAAGCUCUCCUCAAACUUGCCCGCUAUCCCGAAGCAAUCGCCUCUUCUGAAUCCGCUAUCGCAGCUAUAUCCUCCGCCCCCAUAAACAGCGUAUACAUGAAAGCAUACUAUAACAUCGCACAAGCAUACCACGCACUACGCGACUAUGAUUCCGCGCUCAAAGCGGCGGAAAUGGCGAGGGAACAUUGUAUAAAGGAUAUGCCGAUCGGAGGGAAAGGACUAGUGGGGAGUGGGAAGAGUUUGCCGCUUAUCUUAGAGCUGGGACUAAGGUGUAGGAAGGAGGGGUGGGAGAAGAAGGAGGAGAGGAGAAGGAGGGAUAGGGGCUAUCUGUUGGGAGAGGUAACGGGGAAUGGGGAUGCGAUGGAUAUUGAUACUAAAGAAAUCACGGGAGAAUGGGAAAAAAAAAUUGAAGAGGUAGAGAGGGUAUUCAGACUUGUUGAAACACAAGGAAAGGAAGGGAGGAGGAGAGAAAUGCCCGAUUGGGCAAUUGACGGGAUCAGUUUUAAUGUUAUGAUCGAUCCUGUUGUGACCAAAACAGGCCAAUCCUACGAACGCACAAGUAUCCUUCAGCAUCUCGAAAGAAGCUGUACCGAUCCCCUAACAAGAGAACCGCUACUUCCAAGUGAUCUAAGACCCAAUCUAGGAUUGAAACAUGCAAUUGAAGAGUUUCUGGAAGAGAAUGGAUGGGCUGUUGAGUGGUAG